CCAGCCGCACUUCCGUUCUGUUAGUAGUAUGUGGUUUUUACAACGAAGACAAAUUCGCCCCCAAAUGUUUUCUGGAGUAGUGGGAGAGAUCCACUGAUGCCUGUACUUACCAAACACCACACCUAAUGGACCAGCUACACUUCAGCAACCAGUUUCUUCUACUGAAGAAAUUUCCCCAAAUAAUUUCUGAAGUACUAUAAUCGAAAGAUCUGGUAUUGACCUUAAGGACUAUUCCCAGCAUGUUUGAGGACCUACAUACGUGUUUACCUCUAUGUGUACUAAUGUGUGUGUGCUGUAGGGAGGGUGUUACUGACAGGGAGUGGGGAGGGAGUGGUGGCAGCUAGCAGUGUGACCAGUGGACUAGUGGUGAAGGUGAUCCAGGAUCACAGAGGAGCUCCUGUCACCGACUUAACUGUGGCUGGCAAGCCUGUACAGCUAUCGUCAGUAGGUAGAGAGGGUCUGUGGCUGUGGGCGUGUGCCAGUGGAGACAGGAGAGUGAGUGUGUGGAGCUCUGACUGGAGCCAGGAUGUCUGCCAUCUCCUGGACUGGCUCUCUUCCCUGGACCUCCCACUGCCCCAAUGGCUCCAGACUCAGGAAAGGAGACAAAAGUAUGUAUGAGCUGCUGCCGCCCAGUCUGGUCAGAUUCAGCCCCAGUGACCCUGACACCCUCCUGUACACUGGCUAUGGUCUGGAGAGGUGUCUCCAGUUCUACAGCCUGUCUCAGAAGACUGUGCUCAGGAAAUACGCCAUCACCCACUGGGCCACCUGCAUGGACGUCUCUCCCCUGGGACACCUCAUUGCUAUUGGCUGCUCUGAGAGGAUUCUGAAGCUGAUGGACUAUUCGGAAGGUUCAUUCCAGGAUUUCAGUGGUCACAGUGACUCUGUCAGUUCCCUAGUAUUCUCAGUCUCUGGUUCAUCUCUCAUAUCGUCUAGUGAUUGCCUCACUCAUGUCUGGACACUACUGCACUGAGUUUUUAUGGUGGCUCCUAAUACUA